UUACGUGGCUCGGAGCUCCCCUCUGUGAAUUUGAACUCACAAAUCUCAAAGUUUUAACGAUUGUUUUUGUCUUAAAAUGCGUCUCUCACGCUCUUUGGUACCUUCAUUGGUACUUGCUGUUGCCGGAAUUGUUAACGCUACUUCAUCAUGGAGCUUUGAUGAAGCUAUUGUUUCCGUGAGCGGAAAGGGUGGUACUGGAGGGUUUAAGGACAAGUACGUAGCUUUAGGGAACUGCUGAUGUGUAAGAUAUGAAAUCUUUGGAAUAGAUGCUAAUCGAGUACUCUGCAGACUAUCAGACCAUGUUCCUCUUGCAAAACCAGUAUCUCUUGGCGCAGCUGAUGCCCUCAAAAUCGUCCUCACGGCUACUGAGGAUCGCACUGCCAAACGACCACAUCAAGCAUUCUUACUUCUCAGGGAUCAAGACACCGGACUUGAAACCGCCUUCCCAUUUUCCGUGAAGGAGUCUGGUAAAGGAAAGGUUGACUUCGUACGUUUUCAAAUUACAGACAAUUGGCGAGAAUAAUGGGAUAGUUUGCUAAUGAACAUGCAGACUCAAAAAGAUCUUCCAGUCCAGCUUCUCACAAGCUCCAAACCUUUACGCGCCACUCUUGUUCUCGCAUCGUUUGGUUCUGCACAAGCAUUCAGCAACCAUGUUUUUGACCUCGACCUGUCCCACGAUACCAGCAAACCAAUUCCCACAUAUGAGAAGCCAUUGAGAUAUGGGAAACUCCCCGAGAUUCACCAUAUUUUCCGUCCCGAUCCACAGAGUGGACCUAAGGUUUUCUCUCUGGCCUUCGCAUUCGCAGUUCUAGCUACUAUUCCAGCGUUGCUGGGCGCCGUGCGUAUUCCUGGUGCCAACUUCUUUGACAUGAGUACUAAUACUUUCUUAAUAGUGGGCUUACCUUGGAGCCAACCUUUCUCAUCUCUCGAAAGCUACCUCGGCCGCACCGAUUUCACACGCGCUCUUUUAUGGCUCGAUCAUUGCUAUGGAAGGUAUCUUCUUUUUAUAUUACUCAAGCUGGACCCUAUUCCAGACUUUGCCCGCUGCAGGUGUUGUAGGGCUCGUCGCAUUUUUGAGUGGGAGCAAAGCACUGUCCGAAGUCCAAAGUCGACGAUUGGCAGGAGAGAGAUAGAACUGCGGUUAUGUUGAAGAAUAAAAGUUUGGAGGAUGUUUGGGACUGCAAAUAGAACAUGUGAUAUAUGAGGAUGGAUGUACAAUACCAAAAAAGGAUGGCAAGACGGUCAAUGUGUGUCGAGAAGCUUUGACCCCGACCAAUUCACAAACGUGUAUGUUCCAUGAACAGUAGAGAAAUAGUUUUAUGUUUCGUUUUUCGC